CCUUUCCUUGGGGUCCUCAGUCAACGUGUUGCCGAACGUUUGUAUGUGCAACGAGCUGAUCGGCUUGUUUUGGUUGCACGUUUUUAGAUAUUUGGAGGUACAUGUACGGUUCCGCUGAUAUUUCUGAGCUAAUACCAUGAUGCCGGGGGAGAACCAGUCCAAAGCUGUAGGAAUCGCUUCUGAAGCUACUUCCGGCACUUGUCAAAACUGCACUGUUUUAAAUCAGAGCUUAGAUGAAUAUGUGGCUGCUUUGUUAAUUCUGAAGCAGAAGAUUGUUGACACAGACCAUCUCUUGAGUGAAUACAAAGAGAAGUGUGAUGAGCUUCAGAAAUCCCAGAGAGAGAGCAGCAAACUGCACAAACAGCUGGAUGAGGUGUUGCUGAAGCUUGAACCCUUAGAGAAACAGACAGUGGAGUAUGAACAGAUGAAGACAGAGCUGGAGAAAACUAAGGUGGAUUUGAAGUCGUAUCAGCUGAAGUGUGAAGAUAUCGACAGGCUAAAAGCUGAAAAAGCUCAGGCACUUACUCUGAAAGAAGUUGUUGAAGAAUCCUUAAGACAAGCAGAAGAUACUGUACAAAGGCAAAACUUGGAGAAUGAGGAACUCAGAACUGAAAAGAAAUCACUGGAGGACGAUUUACAGAAAGCUCAGGAUUCCCUCAGAAAAUAUCUUCAGACUGCAGAGGAAAAUGAGAAUCUCAAGAUGGAGAAUGCAAAGACACUCAUUCUGAAAGGAAACCUUGAGAAUGAAAUUUUGGUGCUGAAAGAGGCCAAUUUUCAACAAGACAAUGAAAUCAUUUUUCUAAAAAAUGAGAAGAGACGACUUGAAGAAAUGCUGCACACAACACAGCAAAGACUCGACAAACUUGAGGACUUGUUCAACAAAGAAAAAAGGAAUAUGUCUUGCCAAACAGAUGCUGAGCCACUAAUUGACAAAGGCAAAGUCAGAAUGCUGCUUGAAGAGCUCUGGCAUUGUGUGGAAAGUUCCCAAUCGCAGGAAAAUCUGUUUCUUGCUGGGCAAGAGGAAAACCAACUUCAAAGAAUAUCUUCUCAACCACUUACAAACAGUCCUAUAAAAACACAGAUUUCUCAUCCAUCUCCAGAAAAUCUCAGUCCAAAAACUGUAUUGCAAUCUUCAAAACACUCCACAACUAAAACACCAUCGGAGGUCAAUAGGCCUAAAUCAUCUCAGAAACUGAUAAAGCAGAAUAGUGAUCAACAUUUCAGUAUAUCAAGUAGAAAGAGGAAAGUAAGUUCAGAUGUGCUGGAACCUGUGAACACUCGGACUGAAGAUGCUACAAAAUCUCCACUUAAGGCAAUGACAGUUGAAGUUGAUGAUGAUUUGUUAUAUAGAGAAUACUCUGUGGAUUUGAAGGACAUUAAAGAGUGGUUCAAGCCUUUGCCUGCAGCUUUAUCUCCUGUGCAUAGCCCCACAACAGAGCUGGUCAGUGUGAAUGACGACCAAGCAAUGCCCAGUACUAAAGAGAAAUAUCAGCCGUAUAAUGGAAAACAAAAAGCACUAUCAAGUUUACAUAAAGCUAUUCUAAAAAACAAUGCACAUUUAGAGCCUUCAGAUAUAGAGGAUCAGAAGUCAUUGUUGAAAAAAGAGGUGGAAAAAUCUUCUGUACUCUUGUCCCCAGACACUCAUGCAAAAUUAGUUGUACCUGCAGAUAACAUUGAAAAGACAUUGUCUGAUAGCCAUCACAUGGAGGUAGAGGAAUUGUAUGAUGUACUGUCUGGUUGUAUGAGCAGUACCCCAAGUGAAACUGCAAGGUCAGGUACAGGAAAUGGACAGAGUGCGGAAAGUUCUUUAGAAAAUGAUAGCACACAAACUGCAGUAGAGAUUCCACUGAUGGAUCAAGACGGUGACAGAACAGAGUUGGAGGAUACAAAAGCUACCAACAAUCUUAAAAAUCUGUUGGAAAACACAGAUCUGCAGCAGCAUGUUGAAUCUGAAGUAGUGAAUGUCACUUCUGUUCAGUCUCCAGAAUGUGAAUCUUCUCAGGCACAGAACAUUGUGUCAUUGGAAUGUGUCAAAGGAACUUCAACACUUUAUUUGAACUAUAGUAAAUCAGACAGUGUUGAGAAUAAGAAAUUGAGUUGUGUACCACUAGAAAUGAAAACUGUAGCGGAUAUAUCAUUGCAUAACAUUCAGAGCAGACUGGCUGACGAGGUGGAUCAGUCUGAAACUGAUGAGUCUGAAGAGGAUAAUAAUCCAAAGCCUACAGGUGUUUGCUCUUCAAGAUCCUCAAAGGAUGAGGAGUCAUCAUCAGAAGAUGAAGCUUUCUUUGGUUUAAUGAAAAAAGUUAGGGAUGUUCAUUCAUCAGAAGAGUUGGACCAUGUUUCUAGGAAUAAGCAGUGCUCCACUGCAAAGCAGAUGUCCAAAGAUGAGCCUCAGGAAUUUUUCUCUGAGAAAAGAACAUUAUCUCACUCUGGACUUUCCACUGUGAUCACGGAGUCUGAGGAUAAAAAAGAUUCUGAAUGCCCAGAAAAUUACAAAAAUGUUUGCAAGUUAGAGAGCCCAAGAAAAACAUUGGGGCAAAUGAAAAAUGAACUUUAUCAGCAGGUAGAUGGGAUGUCAGCAGAUACCCAUAGCCCCUGUGCUGAAAAUGUUGUCAGUGAUAUUUACGACAAGGAAAUAUCAGGAGAUUCUUCAGCGGAUAAUCUUGAUCUUACCAGAAGACCAUGUCAAGAUACUUUGGAUCAAGAAAAUCCUACCUUUGAAAAAAGUGGCAGUGUUUCACUUGUUCCAGGUCUUAACACAAAAACACUUAUUACACCAACCUCAUGCUUAUCUCUUGGAAAGGUCCGAACCGAAAUGGGUCCACCUCUGCCUCCAGUCGUUAUGCCACUGACUGCUACUCCUCCGAGGUUUGGAAAACAUCACACUCCUUUAAAGCCUACUUCAGUAUCUUCAAGAUUACCAACUGAUGAAGCAACAAUGCUGCCUGUGCCUGUUUUUGAUUCAGCCCUUCCAGAUGUGUCAAAAAUGUCUCCAUGCUUGACUACUCCAUCACCAUCUUGUGGUGUUCCCUCCUCACCACUGCAGUUUGGAUCAGCUACUCCAAAACAUGCUGUUCCAGUCCCAGGAAGGCUCCCAUCAUCUGCCUUAUCCUCUUCCCCCCCUGCUGCUUCUCAGGAAAAUUCUAUGCAGAUGCUAGAUACUAUGUAUCCUGAACUCUCUGCACGAGCCCGCACUUUAAACAUACUCCGUGGGAAUGUUAACCUGACCCGAGUUGGAAAUGAGAAUGGUACCUCCCCUCCACCUGUUAACCAAAUAUCAGGAAAUAAAACGAUAAGUUCUUCAUCCACUGCCUUUACCAAAACAGAGCAGAAACCAAAAAGGACAGGUGUAAACAUCCUAUUGCCAAAGAGUGCUAAAAGACUCAGACUUGACAAUUGUUCACCUGCUCCUCCUGGUGUUGCUUCCCCUGUAGAACAAGUAAUGGAUGAUCAGACUGUUAUUAAAAGGGAAUUAAUCAAAUCUAACCAAGAAAUACUAAGCCAUCAAGAAGAAGAGAGAAUUAAGGCAGACAAGACAAAUGACAUCAAUUGUCAGAUCUCAGAAGUGCUGGCCAAGGUCGGAUUGUCCUGUUUCGACGUGUUGCCUGUUGUUAAAAGCCAUGUAUUCCUUGGGAGAAUAUCUCAGGUGCCAAUUUUGAUUGAUGAAGAAAAGGCUGUAAUUGCUGAUUUCUGUGUGAAUCAGUUUUCAGCAGAAAAACUCAUAUCUGCCAUCUUGAGUAAAUUAAAGACUGAGAAGAGCAUUCUCAGUUAUGAUCAUAUACAAGCUCUCUGUAGAGUCUAUACAGGAAUAUGUCGCCAGACAGGGGACUGUCAGAAAGCCCAUGCCUUGGCAUACAAUAUUCUCAAAGAGGAUUUUCCUAAUGCCUCCAAGCUAAUUUUGUUCAUGGUCACAACGUGGCCUAGUGUGCUCUUCCACGAGACCCCAUUGUGCAAGGCCAUUCAUACAGUGACCAAGCUUAAAGCAGAAGAUGACAUUUUGGAAUAUCUGACUAAAUAUCUGCACUGGGAUAAGAGUCCACCUGAUGACAUUCAUAAAUUGAUCAGCACCAUACUGAAAGCACUUCAAGAAGACAAAGAUUUGACAUUCCAAAAGCAUGAUCGUCAUGGUCAUGACCUUUGCCCAACUACAUGGGAGUACAUACAUACCUUGGAUCUCUUGUGUACACACAUGAAGUGGAAAUGGACACAUGAUUAUGUUAUUGGCAAAGAGCUGUGGCCCAUUAUGAACACAUGGGUGACACAAUCAAGGCUUCAGCAAUCCCCAGUCCGUGAUGUUUCUGUAGCAGCUGUUCUAAGAUUGAUUGGACGACUUGGACAGUUAGGAAUGAAACAAAUGCUAUGUAAAUCAGUCCAAAAUGUUGCAAAAGCUGUAAACCUCUUUGGAAAACAUGGUAUUACAGAAGGUGUGCCCAGUGAAGUGCAGUUGUCUGCGGUCUAUGCCAUUUAUGACCUGGCACCCUGUAACCCCAAAGAUGCCCUGGAGGCUCUAGCAUCAUGGCGAAGCGAAACCACACAGCCAGUACCCUCUGCUGUGACCAGCUGCAUAACUCAGAUUGGCUCCCUUUGUCGUCAAAUUAAAUCUUGAACUUUUUAUUUCUUUUUUUUUAUCACUUCAGAUGCUCUUUUUGUGAUUACUGGUUAAUGAGAAUCAAGGAAAUCAUGGCGUUCUUGUACAUUCAUGUAUGUUAUGUAGAUUAAAGAGAAUAACUUUAUACCAUAAAGAUCAUUUGUAUUGAACUUAAAAAUGUUUUUGUGUUUGUGUUUGUUUUGUCAGCAUUAAGGUUCAGAACUAGAAAAGUGGUAUUUGAUUCUAUUUUUAAACUAAAAUCGUGAAGAAAGAAAAAAAAAUCUGUUUAGAUUUUGUAAUAUUCUUGAUGCAUUGUGUUCUUUUGUCUUGAUUUGAUUAGAUGCUGUCAUUAUGUAACAUUAGCCUUUUAUAAUUUUAGUUCAUUUAUAUUCAUGGCAGGCUUUGAAAUGGGUAAUAAGACCUAAAAUUCCAGUUAGGAAGUAUUGUUAAUAACAGUGAAGGUAAAUCGUGACUCAUGCUGUGUCUUGCAGACUUCACUUAAUUGUUUUAACUGCAGUUUAUUUGGGAGCUUUAAGCUGUGUCAAGGCAUGUUAGUUUAAUCCAACAAUAAGUUGAAUUGAUCUAAUGUUGGUAAGACAUUUUAUUGUUUAAUAACUGAAUUGACCAGUUGCAGACCAACUCAGAUUAUGCUGUAGGCUGAACCACUGUUAAGUGUUUAGUAUUAUAAUUUUGGCGUGCUGGGUUGAUUUAACUUUAUUUAUGAGAGAACAUUUAACAUUAAAUUACAACUAAAUUAUUGGCAAAUGACCUUUAAAGAUUAAACUAGCUAAACCUGA